CGGGACAGUUGUGCGCGGCUGAUGCUGCGCUUUCAGCUGCGCAUGCAUAUAAGUGGUGGGACUUGAUAUUGAAAUGAACAUCUCGUAGAACUUGUCAACCAUUAUGGUCCGACUCCUUGCGGCGACAGUCGCCUCCAUUGUCGCCGUCUCUGCUCUGAAUAUCCGUCCUGGUCUCCAUGUACAGCAUCCUGGUGAUUCCUACUUCACGGACUUCUUGCCUCAGCCGGGAAACAACCAUGACAACGAUUUGAACAUUGAACCCCCACAUCCGCCACCGCAUCCUCACCCCACGGCGGACAGAUCCAUUUUUACUACACUGAACGAGAAUCCUGAAUUCUCACGUCUUGUUAAGGUUGUGAAUAUCAGCGAUGAAAUCGUGUCUUUGCUUAAUGACACAUCAACCAACGUGACCUUUUUUGCCCUACCGAAUCAUGCUUUCCCGAAGCGCCCACACGGUCCACCUCACAAGCCUGACGCCGAGACUUUUGGGCUUGAUCUUUCACUCGUUGACCUCGUUCAUUACUUAGACACAUUUGAAGAGGGACCGAGUCAGGUCAAGGCAGAACCUUCGGAAAAGCUCAAAAAAAUCGUGACUGCUAUUCUCUCGUACCACAUCAUCCCAGAUGGCCUUGAGUUAGCAUCCUUGACUAAGAACACCACGUAUCCGACAAAACUCUCUCAUGUAUUCGGUGCGCUGAACGACGAGCCUCUCCGUCUACGUGUUGGUGCUGGUUUUCCGUUCGUGCGAGUGAAUUUCUACUCAGGAAUCAUACGGCCUGAUAUAGCUGCAACGAAUGGUUUCAUUCAUGUUGUUAAUCAUCCGUUACUUCCACCACCGUCUAUUUUCCAAGCAUUGUUUAUCGCGCAGCGAGAGUUCUCCUCUUUCACUUCCGCCAUUCAGCGCACAGGACUCACAAAUGCGCUUGAUUACACGUUUGUGCCGGACGAUGACAAUGAACUGAGAUCAAUCGAAGGAUCACCUGUCGUCACCACAUUCGCGCCGUCGAAUAAGGCGUUCGGCAGUCUGCCAAGGAAACUUCAGUUCUUCCUUUUCUCUCGUUUCGGCCAACGACUUUUGUCGAAGCUGCUCCAAUAUCAUAUCAUCCCCGAAGUUGCGUUAUAUACAGAUUGGGUCCAUGUGAAUCUUGACUCGAUAGCAGAUGUAACCUCCGAACAGCAUUACGAGCACCCUCCUCACUUGCCUCACUUGCCUCAUCCGAAACCUGAAGUAGUCGCCAACUAUACUUUACCUACAGCUCUUGAAAACCACUCUGUGAACGUUCUCGUCGUCGAAAUUCCAAUCAAGCUACCGAUACCGGGGCACGGACGGAAGGAAAUAAGCCGCAUCAAGAAAGUCGUCGUAAAUGGCCAGGUUGUCAAAGGUUAUGACGGACCCGCGCUGAACGGCGCUAUUCAUGUUGUGGAUAGGCUCGUUAGUCCUCGUCAUAGGAGGGGAAGACCACAUCAGACACUCGAAGCGAUGCUUCUUAAUGAGGACUAUGCUGACGAGUAUGAUGAUGACUGGGAGGAUUGGGAGGAGUGGCUGCCGGCGUGGGCAGAGUGUGAUGAUGAUGAGUGGAAGGGUAUGGAGGAGGAGUGGAAAGAUUGGGAGGAGUGGCGUGUCAGCGUACACCCUUCCUGAACUAAACGUUGAUUGUGCGCAUCACCACUCAGUUUUAUUUUCGUAUCAGGUAAGAAGAUAGGUAGGUACAUUCCCGGGAACAACUCUAAAUGUACAGUAUAUAGUAAUAUAAACUCCUGGUGUUUGAAUGAUGAAAAUAAUAU